AGGAGAUGACCAGAGACUGCGGACAUACUUCAGGAGAUGACCAGAGACUUUAGACAUAGUACAGGAGAUAACCAGAGACUUUAGACAUAGUACAGGAGAUGACCAGAGACUGUGCACAUACUACAGGAGAUGACCAGAGACUGCGGACAUAGUACAGGAGAUGACCAGAGACUGCAGACAUAGUACAGGAGAUGACCAGAGACUGCGGACAUAGUACAAGAGAUGACCAGAGACUGCAGACAGUACAGGAGAUGACCAGAGACUGCGGACACAGUACAGGAGAUGGACCAGAGACUGCGGACACAGUACAGGAGAUGACCAGAGACUGCGGACACAGUACAGGAGAUGACCAGAGACUGCGGACACAGUACAGGAGAUGACCAGAGACUGCGGACACAGUACAGGAGAUGACCAGAGACUGCGGACACAGUACAGGAGAUGACCAGAGACUGCGGACACAGUACAGG